GAGAGAUUAAAAAUGGCGCGUUUCUCUGGUUUACACCUUCUCUUCUUCUCCUUCAUCAUAGCUACAGGCACAAUCUCCCUCGUAUCCGGCACCGUCAUCACCAUCGUGAACAGCUGCAGUUUCCCCGUCUGGCCGGGACUCCUCACCGGAGACAAAGGUGCGCAACUCAACGACGGGGGAUUUGAGUUAGCCCCAGGAGCUACCAUGGAUGUUACCCCACCUGCUGGAUGGUCCGGCCGGAUAUGGGGCCGAACGGGCUGCAACUUCGACGCCUCAGGCACGGGAAGUUGCCUCACGGGAGACUGCGGCAACACCCUAAAAUGCCCAGUCGGCGUGGGAGGAGCUACACCGGUCACACUCGCCGAGUUCACAAUCGGCAAAGACGGCAGACCCGACAACUACGACGUAAGCCUCGUGGAUGGUUACAACAUCCAGAUGGCACUCACGACACGAGACGGCACAGGGGAUUGCCGAAGCGGUGGGUGCGAUUCGGACCUGAACGGGAGCUGUCCUAACGACCAACGCGUUUUGGACGGAGCGAAUAAUGUUGUGGCGUGUAAGAGCGCAUGCGAGGCGUUUAAGAAGCCUGAGUAUUGUUGCACCGGUGCUUUUGAUAAGCUCGAGACUUGUCCUCCCACGGAUUUAUCGAAGAUGUUUAAAGCAGCUUGUCCUAGAGCGUAUAGCUACGCUUACGACGACAAAAAUACGAGCCUUUUCACUUGCACUAAUGCUAAUUACUCCAUCGUUUUCUGUCCCAAAGCAUAGAUACUAUGCAUCACACAUGCAUACAUUAUCAUUAUCAUUAUCAUUAUCACUAUAUAUCAUUAUCAACGUGUAUUACCG